AUGCCCUCAAUCUUUAUCAAUAUUAUUCUGGCCUUUGCCACCGCCCUUUUAGGUACAUUGGUGUUUCGCUCCCACCUAAUAUCCUCACUUCUAUGUCUAGAGGGCAUAAUACUCUCCAUAUUUAUCUUAAGCACCCUUAUUAUCCUAAAUAUACAUUUCACAAUAUCCUUCAUAAUACCUAUUCUAUUACUAGUCUUCGCAGCAUGCGAAGCAGCCGUAGGCCUGGCUCUUUUGGUUAUAGUCUCCAACACAUAUGGCCUAGACUAUAUCCAAAACCUCAAUCUCCUUCAAUGCUAA